GCUUCUCACUUCAGUGUAGAAUUACUCGUGGCCGGUGGUGUGCGUUCCUCUAUCCGUCCACGGUCGCGCGCGCGCUCUCCACUGUUAUGGCACCGCUGACGCGCAGCAGUAUGUCAGCAUUCGCGUGAAAAUCUCUCACAACGCCGACGUGCGCCCGCAUUUCCGCGCCACCUUCGACUUCCACGACAAGUGAAUAAUCACGGCAUCGCGGACGCGCACACACGAUGAGCUCCGAUUCGCACGGAUAACGUGUGCGCGCUUCCCCGUGCUUCUGCGGUGUGUUGUAUACGCCUGCUGCUGCGUUUCGGUCAGCAGUUGUGUGUUGGGCGCUGUGUGUGUUGUGUUGUGUUGUUGACUACGUGCACGCACGCACGCGGGUGUGAGUGAGUGUGUGCGUUUUUUCCGUUUCCAAAAUGGUGGGUGUUUCGACGGCGGCGACGUUGAUCGCCGUCGUGGUGUGCUGCUGCCGCCUGAGCGUCGCGGCGCACGCCGUCUCGCUGGACUAUCGCGACGUCUGCAUUAGUCUCAGUACGGCGAUUUCCUGCGUCAAUCGCAGCCUGGAUGCGAUGCCUUCCAAUCUGCCUAAUUGGACGAAGACACUGAGUUUAAACAAUAAUCACAUUGGCCAAGUAGACAAAUCCAUCCUCCAGGACCUCACCCGCCUGGAGGAGCUGAAGAUGAACAAGAACCGCGUCCGGGUGAUCUACAAAGAGAACUUUGGAAAGUUAACCAAUCUUAAAGUGCUAGAACUGAACCGUAAUCAAUUGGAAAAUAUUACGGCGUUGAGUUUUCAGUACCUGGAACACGUUACAGUACUCCGUCUUCGACGGAACAAGAUCCGCAACCUUCCAGACGGUUCAUUUUUUGGUCUUUCCCGAAUUAAACAACUCCAACUUGAUUACAAUUUCAUCGAAUCAAUCAAGAAAUCCUGGCUCUACAACCUGGAGAGCCUCACAAGUCUCUCGCUGAGCAACAAUCGCAUUUCCGCUAUUGACAGCGAUGCGUGGGAGUUCUGCAAAGGGUUGAUAGAGUUAGAUCUUUCUUCCAACGCAUUGAAAUACAUCCGCAGGGACUCUUUUCGUGAUUUGUCCCUGCUGCAAGUAUUAAAUUUGCAGAAUAAUUUGAUUACGAAUAUUGAGGAGAGUGCGUUUUCACAUACGCCUAAUUUAUAUGUGCUAAAUCUGAACGUGAAUAAAAUUUCUUGGUCCAUCGAAGACCCGAAUGGAGUCUAUCGUGGAUUAAGCAAUCUUCGCAACUUUUCAAUUGCGUCAAACGAGAUCAAAUCGAUCAAUAAACACGCAUUUUCCGGUUUGACACAGUUGAAAUACCUGGAUAUGAAUAAUAACAACAUCGGAGGUAUUCAACUGAAUGCUUUUAAAGAUUUACAACAAUUAGAGGUUUUAAUUCUAAACACCUCUGCACUCCUCUGCGAUUGCAACCUCCAAUGGUUCUCCGAUUUCCUCCAUACACGUCCAUUGAACGUGACAACAGUCUGCGCAUACCCCGAAUGGCUCCGUGGUCGCUCACUCCUCAACGUCCCUUCAAACAAUUUCACCUGUGACAAUCUCACAAAACCACGCAUCAUAGAAGAACCAGACGCUGAAAUCAUGGCUCUAAAAGAAGAAAGCAUAACUCUCACUUGCCGCGCUGUUUCCAGCUCCCCAUCACCGAUGGUCUUCAAAUGGAAAAAAGAUAAUGUGGAACUGCGUCAUCCGGGUAAUAACAUGACCGUACGCGCUACCACUGACGGUAACAACACCGAGAGCAUCUCGCAGUUGACUAUCUCACGCGUGCAACACGCCGACGCCGGCAAGUACCAGUGCGUCGUCUCGAACAGCUUCGGCACUUCAUACACGCGAAAAUCCAGCAUCGCUGUGCUUAUUUAUCCCACGUUCGAGAAAAUACCGAGUAAUAUAACUGUACAGGCAGGCGCGACGGCGAAACUCGUCUGCUCGGCCGCGGGCGAACCGCAGCCGGAAAUCGCCUGGCAGAAAGAUGGCGGCAAUGAUUUUCCAGCGGCGCGCGAACGACGCAUGCAGGUUAUGUCCGGCGAUGAUAUGUUUUUUAUCAUCAGUGCGAAACUAUCGGAUAUGGGCGUGUAUAGUUGCACUGCGCAUAAUGCAGCUGGUAGUAUUGUAGCGAAUGCUACGCUGAUUGUGGAAGAACGCCCCUCGUUUUCGAAACCGAUGGAGAAUAAAACCGUCAAGAUGGGUGAAUCUGUUGUCAUUCAAUGCAUGGCGAGUGGAUCGCCGAAGCCUACGAUACAAUGGUAUAAGGAUAAUAUUCCUAUUACACCCACAGAGAGACAUUUUUUUACUGCUGAGGAACAAUUGAUGAUUAUUGUGGAUAGCGUCUUCUCCGAUGCGGGAAAUUACACCUGUAAGCUGAAUAAUACUCUGGGUGUGGAAGUGGGUCAUAGUACAAUCAUCGUCAAGCCUGGGAAUAUGCCCUUCAGUGAUAUGAUGGGCAUUAUUAUCAUUACUGUUGUGUCAUGCGCGGUUCUAACCUCUUUUAUAUGGGUGGUUAUUAUUUAUCAAACGCGGAAGGGAAUGAGUGGUUCCAGUGUGCGGAAUCUCAACUCAACUGUAAUGUUGGACUUUUCCGAGAAGAGAUACCCUGAUAAUGCAUCAGAACAUUCAUCUUGUAAGGAUAGUGGUACGGGUGACUCGGCAAAAAGGAGUAAUGAUGAUUUAAUGCCACCGGAUGAAUACACGCUGAUUAUUAAUGAAACUAAUCCAGAAAACAAAAAUAAUUCGUCCAUGCGAGCAGCUAGUAUGGUGUACUUAGCUGCUGGGGAGGUGUCAGGGGUGAGUACACCCCUGCUGCAUGGUUCGCCGCAUGCACACGGGAUGCCAGUGCAGGUUAAGGUGCGUUCGACGAAUCACGAUCGGCAAGCGAUCGAAGUGGAAUCACCUUCGCCGCCUCCACCACCGCCGCCAUUAAGUUGCAGUGAGGAGGAUGAGUAAAGGUGGGAGUUGAAACUCCGCCCAUCAAAACACCAAAAGAGGUGUGGUUUUUUUUCUGUGAUUGUUUUUUAUAUUUUAAACUUUAAAAUCAAAAAUCGUUCGCGUUUCGGUUCCUAUCUCAAUAGGAAGGUAAAUUAUUUAGGUAUCAUAUUGCAAAAUUUACAAAAAUUUUUAUAUUUUGCAAUAAUUGGUAUUUAAAUUUAAAUACGUAAAUUAUUAUUUGUGUAAUUUUAGUUCCUAACUAUUUACUAAGUGCAAAUACUGACUGUUUAUUUAAUUUUAAUUCGACGCCUGUUUUUGCGGCGUCUGCAGAUGAACUUUUCUCUUAAAUACGAGAAAAGUGCUAGAAAACUUAAAUUCGUGCCUACAGUUGAAAAUUUGAGAAAUUUACACGAUAUUUACGAAUUACACUCACACAACACUCGAAACACUGAAACGCAGAGACAAAUUUAAACACUUGACAACUUUGAAGGCCUUAAACAAAAUUUAAAAGACUUGAAACCAGUGAAACGAAACAAAAAACAAAAAGAAAAACUUAAAAAGUGCAACUAUUGAAACGUGUGGCCAUAUUUAUAUAUUUGAUUGAAUAUUUAACGAUGAAAUUAAUUCCUAUAGCAAAUGUAUAGGAUCUAGGGCCAUACAAGCGCAGUUUUCUUCCAUUUUUAGCGCAAUUGUCGCCACAAUUGUUACUAAAUGUUACGCCAGCUUUAAUAUAAACGAAGUUAGUUUGAAGCUGUUACAUUAACUUUUGAGGUUAUGUAACAUUUUCAAGCAAAAAUUUAUCUUUUGAAAGAUUUAACAGAAUGUUUGGCUUCGUUAUCGUCCUGUAUUGUCCCGAUAUAGUUAUUCAAGCGCGAUAACAAUGUGGUCAGACACGUAUUACACUUCCUUCCGCCGUGUGCAAGUAUUGUUUUUCUUAUUUAAACACUAAUAACCUAUAAUUACUGAUGAAUGGCAGCUAUGCGUGUGCAAAACUAUUUAUUCUCGUUGCUCGUACCGCCCACGUACGACGACGAUGUCCAUAUUAUAUCUUAUUAUACUUGUGUAUAUGUAGUAUGAGUAUGUUUGUUAAUAUUUGUGAUUGUAGAUCUACUAAUGAUUUAGUUUUUAAGAUUAGACGCAUAGGUGAUUUAACGCGGUAGCUGAAUAAGUUUGUACAGUUGAUGAUUUGAUUUGGAAUUGUUUUGGAGUUGUCGGUUUUCUUUUUAUAUAUAUUUUAAAUGAACCCAAAUACGGAUUACAAAGCUUUACACUCGUCAUAACGGCCAUAAUAUUUUAUAAUAAAAUAGAAUCGCUGUGGAUAUUAGAUGGAAACUGACUUGUUUUACUUUUUCGAUUGAUGUUAUUAUGUCGAGAUGGAUGAGAUUGUAUAAUAUUUACAGAUAGUAUUAAUAUUUUACCUCAAUGUGAUCAAAAACAAUACAUAAGAUCAAUAAAUAACCUGAAAACAUA